UUUAAUUUAAAUUAAUAAGAGGAGAGUUUGUGUCUUUUUGCAACCAUGUUUAGAUAACAUUGUUUAGUGUACUUCUUUCAAAUGUGUUAUUCCUACAGUAUUUCGGUUUAUAGGCUAUCAAUCGAAUAUUUAACCAGACUUUAUUUCAGCUUCAUGCAAACUUUUUUCAUUCUUGAUAAAUACCAGCUCUGAUACCAGAUGGAGAGGGAAUUGAUCUGUGGAGAUUGUAACAUGGUGUUUCGCUCCUCUGGGCUACUUGAGAAACACAAAGCACUGUUCUGCAUUGGGAGCGAGGUACAAAGACACAGCUCUGAACUUCUCACGAGAGGCAAACCUGGAUGUGUGGGCCCUAAGCAGACAAGAACCCCUGAUCUUGGGCAGGUAAGUAAAAACAGGCACAGUGGAAAUCACUACAUGUGUCUUUGUGUGCAGCUGAGAGGUCAACGAAGGAACAUCAACAGGUGGAGGAGUGUUGAUACCAAACCAAAGUCAGGUAGAGCAGAGGACAUACCGGCAACCAGUCAGAUAGAGACUGCUGCUUUGCAAAGUCUCACAGAUGAGUUUCACAACUUGAGGAUGUCCGUUGAAGAACAUCUGACAAAAAGGACCACUGAUAAUGAGGCGAGUGGGCGUCAGCUGGGUCACAGUGAGAGACUGGAGGAGAUGAGGGAAAUGGCGACACUCCAUGAGCACCAACUGGCCUUGAUACAUGCUCAUAACAAGCAGCUGGAGCAGCAGAGAGACGAGCUGGCCCAUCAGGUAAGUGUCCUGUCUGAGCAGAGCAACACAACUCAUCUGGAGAGUCUGCUGAUGGAGCUCAGAGAGCAGGAGGAGAGAAACAAGGAAACACUGCAACAACUCGCUGAACAUCUCCGCGCAUUACAUGUGCGAGAAGUCUCUGUACCUGCUGAUCAGCCAGAUCCACGCAGGAAUGAAAAGAUACAUCACGACAGCUACGAGUUAAUUUCUUGUGCGGAUGGCCAUCUCUCUACCCAGAUAAAAGCCCUGCGGCAGGCAUACAUCCAUUCAGGUGGAUCAGAUCCAGCCAUUCUGGCACGAAUGAUUGACCUGCAGGUCGAAGCCCAAAGUCUAGAGAAGAACCAAUCAGCGGCAGCUAGCAAAAAGGUAAAGCCUCCUCAGUGGUGUCCAAACUGGGAGCUGCUCGCUGUGGAGCAGGAGAACCAGAGACUGGAGGAGGAGAUCCUCAGGAUCCAGUUGGCCAGGGGGCAACACCAUAACUGUGAAGGACAUCUUGUGUCUGUGUGUACUCCAGCAGCAGCAAGGACUGAGCUUGAGCUGAUCCAGGGGGAGAACCUGCAGAUUGCCAGUUUACAGACAGAGGUGGAGAGAAGCAAAGAAGCUCCCAGGCCCAGGAGACAGCCUCCUCCACUCCGACCCAAGACUCACACUAAUGCACCUCUUUCAUCGCUCCAAGCCAGAUCCUUCUCCUCUCCACUGGGAAGAUGCAUAUCGAACUCCCUGGACUCUCUGGGUCCAGCUCCAUAUGACCCUGCAGCUGGUUUUGUGGUUUUCUACGACCUGGUGCUGGGAGCUGAUGCUUCUCAGCAGGUGCUGCGCCUGGUGGCAGCUCUCUACUCAGAAGGUCAGGAGGUGGGACCACAGACGCAGCUGCCCCCUGUCCAGUGCCUGUCAGGAUUGUCUCUACCUUACACCCACAGCUUCACCCCUAGAAACUAUGCUCUCCUGUCAGUCAAACAGCCUGUACCAAGGAUCCAGCCAUCACCCUCCCUCUCUCUAGUGGUGGAGGUGCAGGCAGCAAGAGAUGUGGAUGUCUACAGCCAGGAGGUCUUCAAACUGGCAUCCUUCGGCUGGACACAAAUGGAACUCUUUGACCAAUAUAACCAGCUCUGUAGUGGCCACUGGAGGGUGCCAGUGCGCAGUUUGCCUAUUAGACCCUCCCUAAACCUUGCCCAGCUCAACUCAGUAGCCCAGGUGGGCAACAUGGAGCUGUGUGUUCGUUUGGUCAAUGGACGAGAUGGAGACGUACAAACUCUGGCAAAGCCCGACCCAACCAGCACCGGUCACUAUAAAUAUCCAACUGUGGUAGGAUGUCGAACAGGGCCUGAAAUUGCAUCAUGAACUGUUAAACUACAGAGAAAUCUCUUGUUGAGAGUAAUCAUUGCAAUUAAACGUUAGUAGUUAUACACACCCUGGUCUAACCUUAAUCCAUUUGUGUGACUUAAAUAAAGAUGCUCUUUCAUCUGUAA